AUGCAUCAAAUCCCGCUUUUGAAUGAUCGAUCUUUGGAGAAGGGGUUCAAAGCUCCAUCCAAGUACAAGAACCUUCAAUUCUUUGCAAGCAAACCACUGCCGAUGCAAUCUGCCUGUGGAAGGACCAAGUCAAAGAAACAAUUUCGAGAGAUAUUCGUCCAGUCGUUACAACAAUUUUCACCCCAUCAAAAGAGAGAUCGUCUAUUUGGGAUCUUUGUAUUUCAUGUUGCAAAAGUACCUGUGAAUCAAGAGCAAAACAAUAGCAUACGAAAAAGUAUUGAGGGUAUGUUUUUGAGCAUGUUGGAUGAUGAAAAAGUAUGGAUUGAGCUAAAGAGAGUGUUGAGCAAAUCAAAAGGCAUCAAGCAACAUCAAUUGAAGGGAAUCCAAUACAGCUACGGCGUAAAGGGUCUUGUGGAUACAAACAUAAGAUUCCCCUUUUUGAAAAAGAAAUCCUUAAAGGCUGGGUAA